UGUUUGGGCCAGCCCAACCCAGCCCAUUUGGCCCACUAAAAACCCUAGCCCUCACAUGGCUAUAAAUAGAAGUGCCUCCCCUUGCCAAUUUGGAAAAUUGCAUCUACCCCCCUAGCCGCCACAACAUUUCUCCCUCUCCUCCUUCCAGCCAAGGCAUGCAUCCUCCCUGCCUUCUUCCUCCCUGGCUCCCACGGCAGCAAGCAGCAAGCAGGGAGCCGAGCUCCAAGCUCCCAUGCCGUCGAGCUCGGGUUCUUCUCCCAUGGCGUCCUUCCCUCCUCCCCUUCUUCCUCCAGCAAGCAGCGCCCUUCCUCCCUCCCUUGCUGUCCAUGGCGAGCAGCAAACACCCACCAUGGUGCUCGACGCCUCUCCCCUUCAAGCGCGGCUGCAGCAGGGAGCUGUCUUCUCCAGCGCGCAGGAACUGCAGGGCCGCCCAGCUCUCCUUCCCCAUCCCCAUGGCGCGACGCAUCAGCUCCCUGUCCAUGGAUGCAGCAGCAGCUCGCCCUGGCCCGACGCCUCUGCUCGGCCAGCAGCCUUCGCGCCCCUGUUCCCCUGCUCGUUCUCUCCAAUGCAGCAGCACAUGAGCUCGCCCCCUCCCUCCUCUUCCCUGUCACGGCCAGGAAACACCAGAUCUCGCGCCCUCUCUCUGGUUGGGUGGAGCAGCGACUCCCCUGCUAUCUCCUCCCCGACGCCCCUUCGAGAUGGCACCCAACAGCCCCGGCACCUUCCCUGCUUCGUCUCGCUGCCACCGCUGCGCGCGUGCCAAGUGUUCGGCAAAAUGUCGAGGGAGACGUGUGGUUGCAGCACCGUCGACGCUCACCGGUUGGUCGCUGUUUUGCGCAGCCCCCAAUCACGCCGUCGAAACUCAUGCUAACGGUCGACGUCGCUCUUCGCGCCCUGCCCAUUCGACGAAACGCCGAGCCGUGUGGACAGUCCAUGCGGCUAAAUUCCGACUUGUUCAGGUUGAAUCCAUGUGACUGACUUACUUGCACAUUUGUCAUUGUCAUGUAUAUAUAUAUGUAUGUGAAUAUGUUGUAUGCGAAUUAAAAUUCAUGGAGGAGAAAGUGGUACGCGUAGAUGUGUUUGCGAUUGGGAUGCCAA